UAGAGACUGGGGUGAACACUGUUACGCAUGCGCUUUCUGGCUGAUGCAACAUCGCUAUCGCAUGUGGAAAAUUUGAUCGAUAGAAAUCCAAAAUUAGUGAAAUUUCAUCGUAAAUUACUGAAGAAUUAGGAACUUUUUCAUAAUAACGACGCGCAAUCAUGGCAGAUGAUGGAAUGUCGUUUGACCCGACAAAAAAGAAGAAAAAGAAGAAGAAGGUCGAGCUUGAUUUAGAUGCUGAUGAUGCUGAAGAUACUAUUAGUAACAGUGCCCCAGAAGAGCAAGCAACUGAUAAUAAGGAGGAGAAAGAAAUAUCAAUGGAUUCUGAAGAUUUCUCAGAAAUGAAGAAGAAAAAGAAGAAAAAGAAAAAGCCAUUUGAUAUGGAGGCCAUGGAAGAAGCAAUACAGGAUUCUCUAGGAGACAAAACAGAGGAGUCCUUUGCAAAAGAGAAUGAUGAAAUGGCUGAUAUGCAGAUGGAUGAGCUAGAUUUCAGUCUCCCUACAAAGAAAAAAAAGAAGAAAAAGAAGAUCGCCAUUGAUGUCGAGGCAGAAGCUAAAGCCAUAGAGAAUGGCACAGAGUCAGGUGACGAUGAGGUUCAGGGUGAUGACGGUGACGAUAUAAUGGCUCUGGAUGACAGAGAGUACUCAUAUGAGGAGCUACUGGAAAGAGUGUUUGACAUUAUGAGGGCAAAGAACCCAGACAUGGUGGCAGGAGAAAAAAGGAAAUUCGUAAUGAAACCACCCCAAGUUGUGAGGAUAGGAACUAAGAAAACUUCUUUUGCCAACUUUACUGACAUCUGUAAAAUACUUCAUCGACAACCCAAACAUUUACUGGCCUUCCUUCUGGCUGAGUUGGGCACAAGUGGCUCCAUAGACGGUAAUAAUCAACUCAUCAUCAAAGGUCGCUUCCAGCAGAAACAGAUAGAAAGUGUCUUGAGACGAUAUAUAAAGGAAUACGUCACGUGUCACACCUGCAGAUCGCCGGACACCAUCCUACAGAAGGAGACCCGUCUGUUCUUUCUACAGUGCGAGACUUGUGGGUCACGGUGCUCUGUGGCAAGCAUCAAGUCCGGUUUCCAGGCCAUCACAGGCAAGAGGGCGCAGCUCAAGAAUAAACAACAAUAGGCCAAUCGGGAGGAAGUGAAAGUGGACAUUUGAUACAGAGAUCAGAGUUAUUGGAAGUGAAAGCUAGUUUAAAUUUCAUGGAAGUGGAAGAAAUUUUGAGAGUUCUUGGAAAUGAAAGCCAGUUUAAAUUUCUUGGAAGUGGAAGCAAUUUUGAGAGUUCUGGGGAGUGAAAGCUAGUUUGAGGUUCUUGGAAGUGGAAUCCAAUUGGAAUUUCCCUUACUUGGAAUGCGGAUAUUAUUUAGUGGAUGUGGUUUGCUGGUCAAAAGUUAAUAUGGAUUUAUACUCUUUUAUCUGACCGAACAUUGGAAGCUGGGAAAAUGGAUUGUUUAUAACAAAAGGGAAAUAUUAGGGUUGCAAUCUCCACAUAUUCUAGGGCUACCCGAAUCGCAAUAUUUUUCACUAAGCUCCAAGUUAAGAUGAAGUUCAUAGUCAUGCAAACAUAAGUAAGCUGUUGAGAUAGUUUGCAUGCCUUUCUUUGGGUACAUUUAGAAACACUCGCAGUAUAAUUAUUUCAUGCUCAAAAGUCAAGUCUCUAUCGGCCCUAAAAAUAUAGCCAGACUCUAAGAGAGUUAACACAUGCACGAAUUUCCAAGAUGCAAAGAGUGAUUUCACUCGACUAACAGUGUCCACCGAAUAUUAGUUGCAUCGGAUUAUGACUGUUUUUGAAGAACGGUGGUUUUACCGUCCCAAUGACGCAGUGGCAAAUAACGCUGUCAUGUUGAUAGUUUCUCACGAGCCGCUCUGACCUCGGUUCUACAAACCUCUUAAACGUUUUCCUUGAAAGAGAUUGAGCCACCUCACAGAAGACUCGUGUUGACUACCGUCCCAAAUAUGGCAAGCAAAGGAUGUAAAGGACUUAAAAAUGUAAUUAUCUGAAAUAACAAAGAUGUAAACAAAACUAAACAAAGAUGCGUGAAUAAAGCUGGGAUCUUUA